AUGGCUGACUCGGAGGACGAGCCCGAGGGCGCCCCAGGGGCGGAGGAGGAUGCGCGGACGGGGCUCAUCGACGCGUACUCGGACGAUGACGACGAGCGCGACGAGGUCAUCAGCGUCACGGCAACGAUCAUCGACGGAGACAUGAGCGCGGAGGACGGGAACGACGGCUCCGAUGACGACGACCCCGACGCGGAGGCGUGCCCGUGGUCGUACCUUGACCUUCGCCGGGACUUUUACGCCGAGGGCGGCGUGGGCGCGGCGCUGAGCUUCCACGAGUCCCACGGCGACACCACCGCGGCGCAGGCCAAGGCGGGCCGCGACAUCCAGGGCAUACCGUGGGACCGACUCCAGUUCACGCGCGAGCAGUACCGUGCCAAGCGCGUGCAGGAGUACAAGAACUACGCCAACCUGGAGUUUUCGCCCGCGGAUCUGGACGGGGUGUGCACGCCGCUUGAAAAGUGCCCGGCUCGGGCGCCGUACUUUGAGUUUGCGCACAACACCCGCGCGGUGCGGUCCAAUUUCGUGCACUUCCAGCUCAGGAACCUGGUGUGGGCCACGUCCAAGCACGACGCUUACGUCAUGAGCGAGAACAGGGUGGUGCACUGGAACGCCGCGACGCGCAGGGCGACGCCCGUCCUGGACCUCGACGGCGGCGUUUCGGGCGGCGUGAUGGCGGGUGAUUUUCCGCGGAUCCAGGUGAGCACGACGAGGGUGAAGGACGGCAUCGUCGCGGCCGGAGGGUUCGCGGGCGAGCUCGUGGUGCUCGACACGAACACGGGCGCGUCGCGGUCCACGCGCGUGACCCAGGACGACAACGGCAUCACCAACGCGAUCGAGAUCUUCAGCGCCAGGAGCGGCCGAGAGAUUUUGGUGAGCUCGAACAACGACGCGAUGACGCGCUUCUACGACGUGGAGACGAUGCGGUGCCUGGCCAAGCACAAGUACCCGUGGGCGGUGAACUACGCCACCGCGUCCCACUGCGGGCGUCACAUGGUGGUGGUGGGCGACAGCACGGAGGCGUGGCUGGUGGACGUCAGCACGGGGCGGAGGAUGGCGGUGAUGGAGGGACACCUGGACUUUUCCUUCGCCGCCGCGUGGCACCCGAACGGAUGCGUGUUCGCGACGGGGAACCAGGACACCACCACGAGGCUGUGGGACGCCAGAUACCUCGGCCAGUCCCUCGCCGUGCUGCGGGGCAACAUGGGCGCGAUUCGUUCGCUGAGGUUUUCGGACGACGGACGUUUCCUCGCCGCCGCCGAACCCGCGGAUUUCGUCCACGUGUACGACGGCGCGGCGGGGUUCACGAACGUGCAGACGAUGGACCACUUCGGCGAGACGGCGGGGAUCGGGUUCUCGCCCGACUGCGAGACGCUGUUCGUCGGGGUGGCGGAUCUGACGUACGGGUCCGUGCUCGAGUACACCCGCGCCGGGCACGGAGCUGCGGCGGUCGUGGUAUGAAGCGUGAAGCCGAGAUGAAAUCGCAUCUCGGGACGAGAGCGUGGAAGGAAACGGACCGAGGCGUUCGGGGCGCCGACGUAGGCGCGCGCCCCCGUGUACUGUACAUGUACGAUAUAUACGACACGAUGAGAUACACACGACGCGACACGUUCUCGUAAGGGUUGAGUGGAUUUUACAGACUACACUAACGCGGGCAGCAAAACAAAAAAUAUUUCCAUGCUCAAGGCCAGGAGGUGAACUGGAACACCUUGCCGACGAUCUCGAGGCCGGUGGGGAUCUGCCAGGUGAAGAGCGCGAGGUUGACGCAGUUGAGCGCGAUGUGAAGGUCCCUCGCCUUCUGGUUGCCCCUCUGCAUCUCCGGCACGAGACCCGCCGCCAUGGCCCACAGGCAGGUGAUCGCCAUGCCCGCGUAGAGGUGGGGGCCGGGGAAGAGCUUGCCGGUGCGGAGGUAGGUGUUCAUGCCACCCUCGACGGCCAGAGUGACGCCAAAGGCCAGGAGCAGUGAACCCCAGUUGUUGUGCUUCUCCUUGUAGUUGCCGGCGAUGAGCUCCUUGCGCUCCGCGGUGAGCUCGUCGAUCUUCUUCUUGGUCUCGACCUGCGCCGCCGUCAUGGAGGGCGC